GCCAGCGCCCCAGACUUUACAACUCAUUUUACAAAGGUGGCAACACCCAAUAAAAUUAAACGAUAAUAACAAAACCAUGGACGUGUCGGCUCUUUCAGGACCAAACUUUAGUCCUGCGGAGUGGAUAAAUGCCAACUACAAAAAGUUUGUGGAGGAGAACGGACGGGACGACAGCGACGCUGCUGCGUCGUUCAUCCGGAGUUACGUGGCCAAGUUGCAGCUGUAUAUCUUCAACGUAAAUAAUGCCGUGGAGGAGUCCAGCCGACAAGUGGUGGCUAGCAUGCCACGGAUUGCGAAGGAAUCUGCGGCACUGCACGCUGAUGUCCGUCGGCUGCAGGAUAAGAUGAGUGCCAUGCGCCUGGAAGUUGCAGCAGUGCAGAAUGAAACUGGCGAAUGCAUGGCCACGUUAGAACGCCUAAAUAACAAAAGUCAGAGGCUGCAGGUGGCCAAGGAGUCCUUGCAGGAAUCUGAUGGCUGGGGAAACCUACUGGCGGAACUAGAAGACGGCUUCGAACGCAAUGAUUUGAAGGGUGUUUGCGAGAAGUUGAUAGCUUUGCAGAAGUCAUUAUUUGCCCAAGAACAACUGGCAGGACAUGCUGAGCGCGUCACCCAGGUUGAAGACUUCAAGAACCGUUUAGAGGCUCUAGCAUCACCAAGCGUAGUCCAAUGUUUUGCUGAAGGUAACCUGGAGCAGGCUCAGCAUUUUGUUCAGAUAUUUACCAGCAUUCAGCGCCUGCCGCAGUUGCAGCAAUACUAUCGAGCUGUACAGAAGAACUUUUGGCAGCAGCAAUGGAAGCAAACUCUCGAACUUCAGGGCACGGAAACUCAGCCCCAGCAGCAGCAAUUUCUCACCUUGUACUACGAUCAACUGUUGGAGCACUGUCAACGCCAAGUCAAGUGGUGCUCGAAUCUUUUCGGUGAGGAUUGCACACAGCCUUUUAUGGUGAUUGCCGAACUGCUGCCUGCCUUGCAACCUACGCGAGAUGCACAUAUUUUGCAGCUUUUGAAGACUUCGAAUGAGAGGCUUGAGAUGCUUACUCAGUUUUCUCAGGUUAAUCACAGUUUCGUUCUGCAUUUGAACUCUCUACUUGAGCAAUCGCACAUCAAAUUGUCUGAAGAACUUCAUCGCUUGCUGGGAGAGGCUGUCUUUGAGUAUUUCCAUAAAUUUAUUCAGCAGUAUCCGCGUUUGGAAGAGACCCAGCUGUCAACGCAGGUGGAUCGACUAUCUUCCAAUCAAGCAACGCCCAGUGAUGGAGUGCGUCACCUAGAGGAAAGCACAAGAAAACUUUACGAGUGGCUUAAAGAGGCCUGCGAACGAUGUUCGUCGAUUACUAGUGAUUUGGCUCUUUGCAAACUGAUUACGCUUUUGAAUGGUAUAUUCAAAAGACAACUGGAGAGCUUUGGACGUAUUCAACGGCAAAUUGGUCUCAGUUUGGGAUCCACCAGCUAUGCGGCGCAGAGCGAAAACUGGUCCCUGCUGCAGUACACCAUGUCCCAGUUGCAAUGUCUAGCUGACUUUCAGGUUCAGCUGCACCAAUUCGAGCAGGAGCUUCAUACCCGAAUGGCCAAUUUGUCGACCAAGCUUUCUAAGCCCUCAAACCGGGGUCCCAUAACUAUAUUUCAGACCUGCGAUCACACAGCUCGCACUCAGCUCAUAAACAGCAUCGCUGACUAUCAGCAAAAGAAGUCCGAAACUACAGACAGCCUUGGAAUCUUUCCACAAAUUUACGCAACACUUAAGGGACAUUUUACUGAUACCCACGAUAUAACUUUGAAUAUUUUACUGCAGCCCAUUGAGACGCACUUGGCCCAUAUUCGACCACCAUUGGAAGAUCAUUUAGCGUCCGGCAUUGAUAUGCCAUCCUUUAGUUUUGCUCCGCAGGAAAGCAUCACCCAAAUAGGUCAAUAUUUGCUAACAUUGCCGCAGCAUUUGGAGCCAUUGCUUUUGUCACCUUCGCCCUUACUAAAACAGGCAUUGGAAGUCUGCAACAUUAAGUAUACGCAAGCCAUUCCUUGUGCUGAUGUUCUACUGUCUUUAGUUGUCGAGCAGUGCUGUGUUUUAUACCAGACGCAGAUUCUCCAAAUUAAAUCGCUGCCACCUUCGGCGGCUACUCAACUGAGCGUAGACAUUGAAUAUUUGUCGAAUGUACUGGAAGAACUUGGCUUAUCCAUCAACCUACAACUAAGCCAAAUUCUUACACUCCUGAAGGCAGCUCCGGAUCAAUACCUGACCCUCAGCAGCGGAUGUGAACCUCGUCUGGUUACGGCUAUUCGUCAAAUGCGCAAUAUAAUAUCUACACAGUAGAUUAAAAAAUUGUAUUAAAAAUAUAAAACUUAUUUUAUUAAAAUAUUA